GCGAAUGUCGGGAACAGUUCGCUAUCAAAAACACUCAUAAAUAUCCGGCAAUUAAAGAAAACAAAUGAAAUGUAAACUUGCAACGUUCUAAUAACGUACAGUACGUGAGUAGAAGCAUUCCGAGCACGGGCUUUGUCAAAACACAGCAGCUAUUCUGCGAUGUAAACAUGAACGAACGUAAGAUCUUGUUUUUUAUUUUCUUUCUCAUUAUUUACUGCUUAUACAACGUUAACAUGUGGUUUAUGGCGAACAAUCACGUUGAAGAAACAAAAAUCGUUGCUGUCGACAACCCGCCGAAAAUAAAAGCGAGUAUUUCAGUGAAAAAUGUACCAAAACACAAUCCCAUCCCAUUGUUCUUUAGAGACGCGUGCAGCGUCUUGGACAUAUUCACGAAACCCCCAUUUACUUAUAAAGAGAAGAAAAUAAGUACACAGAAAAUACCAAGUAAACAAAAACUGGAUAAAAAUAAUAAUUCGAUUUCUAUGGUAGGAAUCACUGUAUUCCUUGUGAUGUUAGUUCUGAAUGCUGCAUUUGAUGCCUUCAAAGAGAAAGAAGAAAGGAAGAAAAAGCUCAACACUGAAGGUCGGAGGCAGUCGCUUGCAGAAUUCGCGAAUAAGCCUCUCAGACGCGAGUCGAGCAAGUUUGGUUUCCAGUUAUUCCAAAUAUCUGAAACAGAAAAAAGUGGUUCUGAUGAAAGAGAAUCUCGUCGUAGACCAUACACGAGGGGAGAGUCGAUAAAUUCUUAUCUCAGUGAUAAGAAACCGCAGACUGAAACGGCGCCCCCAUCAAUCGGUGACCCCACCGAACCGAAACUGGUCAAAAGACAAUCCAUUGCUAAGUUAAUUGACAAUAAACUAGAAUGGCUACCACAGAGACCGGUAUUUAACUAUCACCAUUGUGAAUUAAGGUUUUGGAGAAAUGCUGAUUUAAGAACAAUCCCCUAUUCCCUAUGGAAUCACAUGUUUAGAGAUCAACAAACAAGAAGUCUUAAUAUUGGGUGUCUUGAUCUAACAAGCAGUGGCGAUAUAUCAAACGGAAAACAUUUUAAAAUCAUAGACAAUAAUCGGAAACACGAAGUUACUAUAAAAACACCAUAUAAUUAUGAUACUAUCUUAACCGGGAAUAAUCAAACUCCGCCAAGUUUAUUUGAACUGAGUAAAAGAACAUUCUACAAAUUCCUCUGUGAUAUAGCAAAUAAAUUAAGUGACAUACCAGUUAGUAUAUAUUCUGAUAACAAAGAAAAUGUAAAUAAUAAUCGUAUAAGAAAACUUGAAGAUAAACUAGACGGUAUUAGUAUUAAUGAACAUUCACAGAUCAGUGAUGUUAACGGAAAUUACGAACUGAAUAGAAGAAAUAAUAUAAAUUAUUUUAUGAGGAAUAGACCGAGAAUAUAUGUUCCAGCUGAUAUUGUACGAGGUUAUUUUGAUUACCUUCCUUAUUUUAUAAAAACUGACCUUUGUAAUGGCCCACCGUCCAGAUGUGAAAAUAUCUCGUGCAAAAAUCCUGUUUUCGAUUUUGCAUAUUUCGAAUUUUGCAUUGAGAAAAUAAUCCUUAUAGAUAGUAAAGAAGACGUAUUGCUUAGUGCUAUAUUUUGUUCAAAGCUUUGUGCUGACUCUUGGAAAUCGGAGAAAGCUGCUCUACAAUGGAGAUUGGUUUAGCAUUUCCUAACGACGAACCUACGUAUUACUUUUUAGUUUAAGAAAAUAUUUAAAGAU